AGUCAAAGUGGUCAGUUAAAAAGUAUUUUUAUUAUAAGUAACUGUGUUUCUUAAGCCUCUGAACAUUCAUGCGUUUUACCAUAUCUUCUUGUUACGUUUCAGCUCCAAAGAACUUUCGGGCUCACGUAAUUAACCAGGAGUUCACCUUGCGGAAGGAUAGAUAUAGUGAUAGUGGACAGGGAGGAGGAGCUAUACAAAUUGAGGAUAGCAGAGCGGGAGUGGCUCGUAAAGACAGCUGAGAAGACGUAUCAUAAAGCUCGCCCUGAAAAGGAAAGUGCGCAGGAGAUGCUGCUAAGCAGCCGGGCUAAGCGAGAGCUAGCAGAGCUGCAUCUUUCUAGGGAAAGAAAUAAAUUGAUACUUUUUAUUAAUUUUUUUUACUGAGCAUAUCCUUUGUUUUUGGAGCAAUAACUAAUUUUAACUGUGAUACUCGUACAAGUAAUGGAAUUUCUAAGAACUACUUCUAUAUGAAUUACAUAAUAAUAUUAAAGGUAUUAAAUACAUAUAUCUAACAACUAGAUAGAAACUAAACCAGGGGGGCUAAAAUGGCCACUUUAGCAAUUCAUCUAAAUCCAAAUCAUUUCCUGAAUUGCGAGCAAUAUUGAAGCAAUUCUGCUAUUUUUGGUAAAAUGGUCGCAUUCUUUAGAGGAUCUGCAACAAUUCAUUUCAUCUUUGAUUCAUCUGCUGAAUUCGAUUGCACGCAUUUAUUGCCAUACGAAUAAAAUAAAACCGUAACUUUACCGGAAUUUUACCGGUAAAUUUUAUUAUUUUUUUUUAGAUUAUUUGAACAAGGUGUACAUUAAAAAUGUGUUAAAAAAGCAUUUUAUUAAAAAGCAUUUUAUUAUUGAAAAUUAUUCGAUAUAGAUAGCUGAGAUAGGUAAUAAUCAUACAUUACAUAAAUAUAGCCUACCUAUAUACGUCCCACUGCUGGACACAGGCCCCCUCAAUCAACCGGAGGGGGCCUACUGGGGUAUACUGGUGGAGUAUGCUCCAUGCCCCCAGUGGAGGUAUUAUUAUGGCUAAUAGCUGGGACCAAUAGAAUAUAAUAGGUAAAAAUAAAAAAGAAACUAUCAUGUCUUGACUUGCUUUUUAUUCAUUUUUAUUUUUGCUGGCUGUUUGUUAUUUAUUGAACUGUCAUUCAGUCAUUAAAAGGUUUCUCCUUUGGGUGUCUCUUCAUAUAACACCGCAGGAAGGAAGGAGUCGGGCUCAGUUCCUAUGAUUGAAGUCAAAACAGUAGGUCAUAGUAGAUCACAGAUAACUUAAAAACCACACUGUUUCCGUUUCAGCUUGGUGUAGCAGCUUGAAGUGAGUUUCAAGACUUAUGUGGAAGAAGUAUGUGGUUGUUCCACACAAAGAAGUCAUGAUCUCCCCCACCGUGGCCAGCCAAAACAUUUAAAAGAUUGUACUCCGCAUCACACACCUGAAAUUAAAUAGUUUUAGUACUUAGCUUAGUAGGUUUAUUUGCAAUUGUUUAACCUCUCAGCUGCUUUGUCUCAGAUCUAAGCAACCCCCUAUUUCUGCUUAGUCUCAGAUCUGAGACAAGAUUACAGUGGUCAACUUUUACGCAAAUAUAAAUCUUAAUAAAGCUGCUAUAGGUGUUUUAUUGCUUGUUUCCAAUUCAUAAUAAAAUAAUCUACCAAAGACAAUAUUCACUCAUUCAAAUUUUGCCACCAUUCAGCUAAACGGCUCUUUUCAAAUUUGAAUGUCGUUGAGGGAACAACGUUUCGAGUGCUCCGUACGAAAGUUUGUGUUUUUUGUGUGAAAUUCAUUAGAAAGGUAAGUGGAUGUAACUUUUAUAUAUUUGAGAAACUAUACUAUAAAGAAUUACCUGAGAUUUCUCUAAAAUAUGAACAUAAAAGAUAAAAAUAGGAUAACUGUUCCUUAGAGCUGCAGCGGUACGGUAUGUUUCUAGGGUUUUUUCUUGUAUGUAUAAUAUUCCAAGCUAGUUUGUUUUUAUGUCAACUUGUUGUAAAUUUUAUAACAAUUACAAUUUAUAUCAGUUUCCUUACAAUAAAUUCGUAAUAUCACCAAAAUUCGUCAUUUUCCGUGACUGAGUUAUUGAAACACACACACACACAUGAACAAGAAUGCCGCCAUCUUGUCAUGUAAAUACACGACGACCGUUAGAGAUACACAGUAUGUUCCCAAAUUUCAAAUUGUACUGGAAUAACGUUAUAAACAGAGAUGUGGAAAUAAUAGUGAAUCGUUCAAUUUGAUAACCAAAUAGAAUGUUGUCAUGACAAAUGGGAUUUUUUUUUGUAUUAGUAUGUUUGUUUUAUUAUUAGUAUCUUUUGUCUCCCCACGAAGGAACUAUGGUGAACAUCUCAGACACCAAACUUUACAUAUGCUUUCUUAUUCGGUAGAGACUUCUAAUUUUGGCCAUGGUUUACUGCUGCAGCCAGGACUGUCUUCUCAUGAUGGAACUCCUCAACGGUGAACAGCUCAGUCGUCAAACUUUACAUAGGCUUUGUUCUUGGGUAGAGGAUCCUAGUUUCGGGCAUGGUUUACUGCUGCAGUCAGGACUGUCUUCUCAUGAUGGAACUCCUCAACGGUGAACAGCUCAGUCGUCAAACUUUACAUAGGCUUUGUUCUUGGGUAGAGGAUCCUAGUUUCGGGCAUGGUUUACUGCUGCAGUCAGGACUGUCUUCUCAUGAUGGAACUCCUCAACGGUGAACAGCUCAGUCGUCAAACUUUACAUAGGCUUUGUUCUUGGGUAGAGGAUCCUAGUUUCGGGCAUGGUUUACUGCUGCAGCCAGGACUGUCUUCCCAGGAGAGAACUUCUCAACGAUGAAUAGUUCAGUAGCCAAAUUUUGUACAAAAUUAAGUGGAACGUGAUUUUCAUUACGGUCUUUUCGUCUUACAAUUUUUAUAGCAUAUCCGUAAAUAGAAUUGUAGGUACAUAUCUAUUGCCCAUUGCUUAUACAACAGUACGUUCAGAUUAUGUAGUUUACGCACCCGCUUGUUUUUCAGAAAAAUGGAUGCUCCUAGCACUUCCUCGGCUACGCCCUCUACUAGUGGACCAAAACCACUAGUGGUAGGCAAAAAAGUCGUAAUGACGCCAGAGGGAACCCUGACGUUGACCGAGGACGUCCUGUUGGAGAAAACUGCUUCGGGACGUCUUAAAAGUUUCUGUCCAGAGACGAUUCAUGUGGGAGAAGGCUUGUCUCUCAUAGACGAGGGCGGAAGUCACCUUAGACCGCGCAAUCUUUUUCCCGAAACGAAUGCUGAAAGGGAUGAAGGAGACAUUUUCGACGAGCCGCUUGCUCAAGCUCUUGCGGGGGACUCCGGGAGUGAAGCUGACGACGGGGAGGAGCUCACCCUGGAAGAGCUUCAGCAAAUAUUAGAGACGGCUGAGGACGAGGACGAGGCCGAGGAUACUUCGGAGGAGCUCCAGUGGAGCGAAGAUUUUUCAAGUUUCCGCGCGGUGCAAGAGGACUUUAAUGAGAGCGUUGGUCCUAAAAUUGUUGGAACACGACCUUUCGCGUUGUUCCAACAAAUUUGGGACCAACCUCUCAUGGAGUCAAUUGCCACGGAAACAAAUAGGUUUGCGUGGCAACAUAUUGCUCCACACUUCGAGGUGGAAGACGAACUUGCCGAAAAAAGCCGACUAAGGCAGUGGGCCGACACCUCUGUGGGAGAGCUGUACAAGCUGUUUUCUGUUUUAUUGCUAAUGGGGAUGUGCGUUAGGGGACGGCUGGACGAGUAUUGGUCAACAGGAAUUUUGGGAAUGCCGGGAUUUCGAAAAAUCAUGCAAAAAGAUCGCUUUUUAUUACUCAUGCGCUUCCUGCAUUUCGCUGAUAAUAACACAAUUCAUCACGGGGAUGACAAAAAACUAGCGAAAAUCAGGCCCCUUUUAGAACAUCUAAACAAAAAGUUUGUCGAUAUCUACUCGCCUCGCAGAGAGAUGAGUAUAGAUGAAUCGUUGCUGCUUUGGAAAGGACGUAUAAGUUGGAUGCAGUGCAUCCGCUCCAAAGCAGCAAGAUUUGGAAUAAAAACAUAUAAACUCUGCGAGGCUGUGUCGGGGUACGUGCUCAAAGUGAUUAUUUACACCGGAAAAGGGACAUUACCCAGGGCAUCGGUGUUUGGGUUUUCGUCUUCUACUGCCAAGAUAGUUCUGGAACUUUUCAAGGACUGUCUUGGCAGGGGAUUUACCCUUUUUAUGGACAAUUUCUACAACUCAAUUGCAUUGACCAGAUUUCUAAAGUCAAUAAAAACUGAUGUCGUGGGUACACUCAACAGGCGCCGCGUGGAUUGUCCCCAAGACAUCAAGGCCAUAAACGAAAAGAGGAUGGAAAGGGGCGCAGUGAACUGCAAACUGCCAACUGCCAACGCAUUCAUGAAAGAUUCUGUACCUCGCGGAGCAUAUGAGGAGCAAAUGGCUGAUUAUGAAGGUGUUGAUAUAUCUGUAACAACAUGGAAGGACAACAAAAUGGUGACAUUGGCAUCAACAUACGUUGGAGCGGAACCGGCCGAGACAGUUCAAAGGUACGACAAAAAAGAGAAGACCACUGUCACUAUACCCUGCCCAAAAAUUAUCAAAGACUAUAACGCUCACAUGGGGGGCGUCGACCUGAUGGACAGUUUUUUGGGAAGAUAUAGGAUAAGAAUAAAGAGCAGGAAAUGGUAUAUUCGCAUUUUCUAUCAUUUGGUUGAUAUGGCGGUGAUCAACUCCUGGGUCUUAUAUAAAAAAUCUAAUAAUACAAAUCAAACAAAGAAAAUGACUUUAGGCGACUUUAGAUCUGAGUUAGCAGAGGCUUUGUGCAACUAUAAAAAGAGUGUGGAAAAGAGAGGAAGACCAUCAUCGAGCAAUAUUGAAAGAGAACUGGAAGCCAAAAAACCUCGUCGUAAACCACUGAACCCUGUGCCUGUGAAAGAUGUACGCACAGAUGGUGUCGCCCACAACGAGGGAAGAUGUCUGAAGAAAAAUAGGUGCAGACUCCCUGGUUGUAAUGGAUUUUCGCGUACAGAGUGCACGAAAUGUCAUGUUGCACUCUGCCAUACUAAAGACAGAAACUGUUUUGCUGCAUUCCACUCCUGA